UUCUGCUUCUACGGAAGCUCGAAGCAGCAUGUUUGGCUACGCGCUCGCUGUGUUGCUGUCAGUCUCAGUAGCGUUAGUGAUCGAGUGGUCGGUUAGAUCGGAGGAGGGGCCGGUCCCGGAGACCCCCGCGAGGCCCCUGAGCAGGCACGAGCUCUCCCUGUACCACGGAGGAGCGGGCAGCAGGGGCCUCUACCUGGCCAUACUGGGAAAAGUGUUUGAUGUGCACAAAGGCUACAAGCAUUAUGGACCCGAUGGUGCUUAUCACUUCAUGGCAGGCAAAGAUGCCUCACUGGCUUUCAUCACUGGAGACUUCACAGAGAAUGGACUGACAGAUGAUGUUUCCAGUCUGUCACCCUUACAAGUGGUGGCUCUUUAUGACUGGCUGGCUUUCUAUCAUAAAGAGUAUAAAACUGUUGGUACAGUUACAGGCCGAUUCUACGAUGAGUCUGGGAAGCCCACAAAGGCUCUUCUGCAAGCGAGAGCUGCUCUUGCAGAAGGCCAGCGAAUAAAAGCCCAGUCAGAAGCGGAGAAAGCGCGUUACCCAGCAUGCAACUCUGAAUGGAGCGCUGCCAGAGGAGGAAGAGUAUGGUGCUCCUCUAAAAGAAGUUUGUCACAAAAACAAGCACAAAGAGCAUUUAAGUACAAAACAGUUGUAGUGGUCAAAAAUAUCACACAUUUAUCUGUACAAUUU